AUGGCUAAGCUAUCUUUGUCAUUUUUGUUGUACGUAUUUGUUCUCUUUUCUUCCGUUUCUUUGUCUUUACAAGAAGUAGAAGAAGAUUCGGGCGGUGACAUCAAUUGGUGGUGCGAGACGACUCCUCAUCCACAACAGUGUAAAUACUUUCUGAGCCGUGGGACCCAUCGAGUCCCAUGUCACAGGAAAGACUUUCGGAUGCUGAUUUUGCAGGUUGCUUUGGAGAAAGCCCAAGAGGCUCAGGCUUGCACUAACGGCCUUAAGGAAAAGUGCAGGAGCAAACGAAAGAAGGCCGUGUGGCUUGACUGUGACAAGCUCGUUAACGACACUAUUCUCCAACUCAACCAAACCCUAAUUGGCCUGAAACACAACCAGAGCUCAGACUUUGAUGCUCAAACUUGGCUCAGUGCCUCCCUCACCAAUCUUGAAACCUGUUUUUCGGGUUCUCGAGACUUUAACUUGACAAACUUCGUGUCUCCGAUUAAAUCCCAUAACCUCACGGAGAUGAUAAGCAACGGUUUGGCGAUAAACCAGUUUUUCGUGAAGCAAAAGUUGGAAAGUAACGAUCAGAAUGAAGAUUUUCCAAGUUGGGUAACAUCCCACGACCGAAAACUGUUGCAAACACCUUCGCUUCGCACGAAGGCUAAUUUGGUCGUGAAUCAAGCACGGGGGAGUAAGUUUCGAACGAUUCAAUCGGCUCUAAAAUAUGCAGCAGGCAUUAACCGUAGAAACAAGAGAUAUAUCAUAUACAUAAGAAGAGGAGUUUAUAGGGAAAACAUUGAAGUUGGAAACAAUCUGAACAACAUCAUGUUUCUUGGUGAUGGAGCAAAAUACACCAUUAUUACCGGUUCCCGGAGCGUCGGCGGUGGUUUCACAACUUAUAGCUCGGCAACCGUCGGAGUUGAUGGCAUUGGAUUCAUUGCCCGUGGCAUAACAUUCCGGAACACCGCCGGACCGGCAAAAAGCCAAGCCGUAGCUCUCCGAUCAUCAUCCGAUCUUUCGGUAUUUUACGCUUGUAGUUUCGAAGGUUAUCAAGACACUCUCUUUGUUCUAGCUCAACGACAAUUCUACAAAUUUUGCUACAUUUAUGGCACCAUCGAUUUCAUAUUCGGGAACGCAGCCGUGGUUUUCCAAAAUUGCAUGAUCUUAGCACGAAGACCGUUGAAAGGACAAGCAAACAUUAUAACGGCUCAAGGCCGUGGCGAUCCGUUCCAGAACACGGGAAUUUCAAUCCAUAAUUGCCGUGUGAUACCAGCACCGGACUUGAGGCCGGUGAUGGGUUCGGUCAAAACGUAUUUGGGCCGCCCAUGGCAAGAAUAUUCGAGGACAGUUUAUAUGAAAACUUUCCUUGACAGUCAUAUUAAUCCACAAGGAUGGUCAUCGUGGGAUAAUACCGAUUUCGCGUUUAAAACGCUGGUUUACGGGGAAUAUGCGUGUUUUGGUCCCGGUUCUUCGACAAGAAGACGUGUGAAAUGGCCGGGAUAUAAAGUUAUAACAAGCAAGAGUGUGGCAUCUCAGUACACGGUGGAGAGGCUGAUCGCCGGCAGGUCAUGGCUGCCGGCCACCGGGAUUCCGUUUAGUCCAGGAUUGUGAGAUGAAUUUUAAGUCAUAUGUGUUAUUUAUUUAUUAAUUAUUUGU